AUGUACGACAUCGCCGGUGCCCGUGCCUCAUCUCCGCCGCUGGCCGAGACGGGACGAUCUACCUUCAUCCACGUAAGUGAGGUCCCGGACCGCGCUGAUCCCGGCGCCGCGGACGGAGGGCGGCUGAGUACCGUUAAGCGACGUCAAGCCAAAGCCAAGCCAAAUCCAGCCAACACAACAAAACCCCAACCUAAGAAGAAGCCACAUCAAACCAGCAACAGACCAAGGCGAACGCAAAUCAAACCGAACCAGCAACAAACCCAACCCCACGUUCCAAGUCAAGUCGAGGUCAAGUCCCAAGCCAAAGUCAAGUCCCAAGUAAGUCAAAGAGCCAACAGUCAAGUCCAGUCCAAGUCAAGCCAAUUCUCGAGUCAAGUCCAAGUCCAAGUCAAGCCAAUUCUCGAGUCAAGUCAAGUCCAGUCAGCCAAUUCUCGAGUCACAACAAAGUCCAAGUCAAGCCCAAUUUCUGAGUCAAGUCCAAGUCCAAGUCAAGCCAAUUCUCGAGUCAAGUCCAAGUCCAAGUCAAGCCAAUUCUCGAGUCAGUCCAAGUCCAAGUCAAGCCAAUUCUCAGUCAAGCCAAGUCCAAGUCAAGCCAAUUACUCGAGUCAAGUCCAAGUCCAAGUCAAGCCAAUUCGGUCGAGUCAAAGUCCAAGUCCAAGUCAAGCCAAUUCUCGAGUCAAGUCCAAAGUCCAAGUCAAGCCCAUUCUCCGAAGUCAAGUCCAAGUCCAAGCCAAUUCUCGAGUCAAGUCCAAGUCAGUCAAGCCAAUUCUCGAGUACAAGUCCAGGGCACAAACCAGCCAAGCGCGAAGACCAAGCCAAGUCAAGCACAAAGACCAAGUGCCACGCAAGCCAGAGGACCAAGCCAGUCAAGCACAGCUUCCCUCUCGCUCGCCCAAGCAGAAAAAAUAA